AUGGCGAGCGAUCGGUUCAACAUCAGCAGCCAGUUGGAGCACAUGCAGGCGAGAUACGUGGGCACUGGACAUGCUGACACCACCAAGUACGAGUGGGCAGUGAACAUCCACAGGGACAGCUACGCCUCCUACGUGGGCCAUCACCCGCUGCUGGCCUUCUUUGCCGUGGCGGAGAAUGAGAGCAUCGGCCGCGAGCGAUACAACUUCAUGCAGGUGAAGGGGGGGAGGGGGGGGGCUGUAGCAGGUGCGAGUAAUUACCACUGUAGCAUUGUGGCAUGUGAGCGCUACAACUUUAUGCAGGUGAACGGGGGGGAAAAGGUUGGGGGGGGAGGGGGGGUGAGGGGUGUUGGGGAGGAGGGGGGUGGUGAAUCCGAGAGUGAUGCAGGGCAGGUGUCGACAAUGGGGCAUCGGGCGCGAGCGAUACAAGUCCAUGUAGGAGAACGGGGGGUGUAG